UCUGCUCGAUGGAUGGAUGGACGGACGGACACAUGGACGGAUGGAUGAAUAAUUGACUUGAUACAUACAUAUUCACCUUCAAGGUGUCUGUCCGUCUAUCCCACACGUCACGUGUCCGUCCCCUCCCGCCCACAUGCCAUCCAUGCGUCUCUAUCAACACAGCACGGCGUGUACAUGAGCGCACCGCACCCACCCGUGGCUGGCAUGAAUGAAUCAAACGUCAGCACCCUUGAUAUGCGCCCACCCUGGCGGCACACACACAGACACAGAGGGCAAGAACAACUCGAUACGAAAUUGGAAGCCACUUAAGGGUGGUUGAUUGCGGCGUACUGUCAUGUGUGGGACACUCUGUUGAGUAGCUGCCGUCAUCCAGACCGUCACCGUCGCUGCCGUCUACGCCACACGCGCACACACAGAAGGCAUGUCGUGGAUGCAUACGUGUGAAGGUGUCUGCCCGUACCAUCGUAAUCGCUGUUGUCGUCCUGCUGGUCUUCUGCCUGUCCGUCGAACACGACACACACUCACAGACAUUGACCGAUCCAUCACACACACAUCACAACGGGUACGUGUGGCUUUGUGUGCGUACCCAUAUGUGGCCCUCUAUCUGUCUCUGGUGGGUCUUGCGUGUGAUGUACACUGCCGUGGCGGCCAACAGGCGGACAUCGCACACGGCCAGGUCGACGUCGCACAUCGACAGAACUGCACACACAGAGGCACAGACAGACAGGAAAGGCCAUUCGGCAGCUGGAGAUGUCUGUGUGUGAUUGACUGACCAUGAGCUUCUUGGCGAAUGAGAACAGGUGUCCGUGUGUGUCCAUCAUGGCAGGGGCGAAGAGCCCCUCCAGACGCUUGAUGCCGCAUGCAGAACUAUCAACCACCGCACGGUCCAUCACCUGAGCACCCACAUAGCCAGAGAGAAAGACAGACAGAAAGAUAUGUCGGUGUCCCUCUCGUGUGAGUUGGAGGGCCUGGUCACCGGUUUGGACAGUUUAUCAGGCACUCCAAUAGAGUAACAUUUCAGCUGCGGCUCGUGCAGCUUCACACAGGCAUCCAAACACGCAGCUGGUACCUGCGCACGUAAGAGCACACACAGACAAAUGAUGGACACACGCAUAAACGAGCUGGCCUCUCAUGACGAGUCGAUGAGUUUGUGGGCGGAGCAGAUGUCGAGCAGCCGCACCGCCCGCAUGGUGGUCGUGUCACGCAGGCAGUCCACCCGUGAGGCCAUCUCCACUAUGCGAUUCACCAGCAAAGCUGCACGAAGGAAGGAAUGGCAGACAUACAGCUCAUAUACGCUGCGCGUCAUGUAUUGUUUUGUCUUGGCGGUGCAGAACCUCGGACGCAGCGGAACCGGUGAGGCCUCUGCGACGGCCAAACAUAGGGCACCACCUGAUCCUUCCACCACAUGAUCCUGGCUGCGCCGUGAUCAGCUGCUCAGCGAUGAAUCAAUGCCAUCAGACGGUGUUUCUUUCGCCAAUUUUCAUCCAGAACCCUCACCCCUAUGAACACUGAGGCCAUUUGGUGGAAGAACAAGACCAGCCCUGCAUGGCGAUCGGCUGCCAUUCUCAUUUCCAAGCUCGCAAAUUCCUCGGCGCAU